UGCACGUGGUGCAGGCAUCUUCUCCUGGUUUAGCAGCUUUCCGUGGUGUGGCGCACACCUCCGGAACUACAAGUUGAGUGUUCCGCAUCUCAGCCGAAAGCUCACUUGCCAUUGCACCCUCUAACAAACACUCAAGAAAAUGGGGAACGACUCGGAGCAGACGUCGCUGCUCUUCAAUGAGUGCGACGUGGACGUUGAGUUCGUGCCGGCCAUCAUCGCGCGCGGCACGAGCUUCCCUGCCGCCAGUCCCACGUACACGGCGUCACUAGAUGUGGUUAAAAUCCACGACUACGAGACGGAGAGCGACGCCGCUUCUCUGGUACAAGAAUUGACUCAAGAACAAGACGAAGAGCCCGAACCCGUGGCCAUCGACGAGUUCUGGAAGACCAUGGCGCUCGCGUACCCCGUAGUCAUCACCUACACUCUCGAGUAUCUUCCUGGUCUUGUAUGUAUUGUCCUAGUCGGACACAUCGAGUCUCCGGACACAAAACGCUAUGUGGCAGCAGCCACCCUAUCGACCAUGUUCACGAAUGUAUCGGCGCUCUCCAUCGGCUUCGGCCUCACGUCGGCACUCGAUACAUUGUGCUCGCAAGCGUAUGGAGCAGGCAAGUUGGAUAAACUGGGACUUUACUUGCAAUCGGCAUUGAUCGUAAUAGGGGCGUGUCUGAUCCCCGUGUUCCUUAUGAACUGGCACGCCGAGUUCUUCCUGCUACUCGCUGGGCAAGACCCCGAAGUGGCGAGAUUGGCUGGCGAGUUUUCCAGAGUCACGGUCUUUGGCGUACCAUUUCUAUUUGUCUACGAAAUGUUACGGAAAUUGUUACAAGCGCAGAAUGUUGUGCGACCCAUGGUACUCUUUGCAUUGGUUGGAACAUUUAUCAAUGUGUUUGGGGGUUAUAUGCUCACAUACUGGUCGUCGUUGGGCUUCCACGGAGCUGCGCUAUCGAGAACACUUGGGUACAUGGCCAUGCCGUUGUGUCUUGCGCCUUACUUUAUGGUAAGUGGCAACCACACAAGGUGGUGGACUGGCUGGAAGAUAAAGGAGGCGUGGGCUCUUGUGCCCUUGUUUUUGCGAUUAGGAAUCCCCGGAUUUCUAAUGAUGGCGAUGGAAUGGUGGGCGUACGAGGUGCUUGCAGUGAUUGCAGGCAACUUGCCGGAUGGUGUAGUGUCUGUGAGUGCUCAUGCGGUGCUCAUGAAUGUGGCUUCGUCGAUUUAUACGGUUUUUAUGGGUGUUUCUAUCUCCAGUAACAUCCGAGUUGGGAACUGUCUGGGUGCGAAUCACCCGAAGAAGGCGCGAGUUAUUAGCCGUACUACCCUCAGCACAGUCUUCGUGCUUUCGUGUUUCUUCGCCGGACUCGUAUACUUACUCCGUCAUCAGAUCCCGCUUCUGGUUAUUAACGACCCAGUGGCCAUUCAACGCGCGUCGGAUGCGCUACUUGUGAUGGUUCCCUAUGAGAUUAUUGACUCGCUUAACUGCGUUAUCCAAGGCAUCUACAAGGGAGCUGGAUGGCAGGAUAUGGCUGCGAAAACUAACGUUCUCGCCUUCUACGUCAUUGGCAUCCCGCUGGGAGCGUUACUGUCGUUUCAUUUUGGUAUUGGAAUCGAGGGACUCUGGAUCGGCUUCGGGACAGGCAUCGCCACAGCCUUUACAGUCUGCAGCACAAACCUUUAUUACUCGAGCUGGGAGCAGAUGGCCCUUGAGGCACGUGCAAGACUCGCUCACUGAGGAAACUACCACAUGCAUGUAUCAAUUUCAGGUUGAGGAAGGCUUAGAAAUACUUCGUAAUUGAAGUGAGAAAUCUGACGCAAUCUAGAAACAAUUCGACCUGAAAAUCACCUUUUUUUAAAUAAGUGAAUGCACA